GCGACUUCCAUAUUGCCAUUGCAAUAUUGCAGCCAAACCUAUUUCUCCCUCUCCUUUCAUUACGCGGCAUGCACUCGCCCAAAUGGUAGCACUUCAAUCCUAGUCGACCCGAUACGCUUAAUUUAGUAGUUAGAUCCUGCAACAUUAAGUCAGACGGGUGUAAAACGGACCCGUUGGGUCGAGGCAGUUGUGUUUGCCCAUACUGUGCAUGGUAUAAUGUUCGGUUGUUUUGCUUAUUUCUGUGCAGCAGCGAUGUGCAGUGUACAACGGAAUAUUAAGUGGGAGUGAUGGAGAACACGUAGCCGUCAUUUUAAGGAUCUCUAUAACCAGCUGAACCAAGGCUUAAGUUAGUGAAAUGACGACCGAUCAAACAGAGCGAAGCAUGCGGGACAACUUAACAGAUAACAAAGACGAAUAACUUUGCUACUAAAUAUAACGACAACUCGACCUCUCGUAUCUAACGCCUGCUAACGUCUUAAUCGGUGAAGUUCGACAAAAGCCUAUGCCAUGUCUUCAGUAUUUUAUACCGUAAUUGAUCACGUCGUCUACCCAAUAAAUCAUGCAUUGUUCUACGCCUUCAACGGAAUCACUGAGCUUUUCUAUCAUGCGGGUCUCGGAGGUAUGGGUCGUUACUAUAUUCCAUUUAUACACAUGGCAUUCUUAUCUGUAUUUGUUACUCGGCCGGAAAUUCGAGAUUACAACACCAAGCGGAUUCCCAUUGAGACCAAUCACAAACUCUUGAGGGCGUCAUAUGACUUCAUCAUUGUAGGAGGCGGAAUGGCCGGCUGUCUAGCGGCCAACCGGCUUUCACGGCAUUAUACGGUUCUUCUUAUUCACGGACCAGGCGCACUGCCAAAUAUCCUAACGCGAGUUCCUCUUUUGAAUGCAUUGAAUCAGGCCGAGCCUUCGCAUGAUUUCCGCUAUGUGGCUGAACCUUCAGACAUCAAUCUACAAUGGAAGACGCACGCCAUUACCUAUAACAGCGGCAAAACAUUGGGAGGAUCAGCAAUUUUAAGCGCCCACGUGUAUUCAAUGGGCCGAAAGGCGGAUUUCGACGAAUGGAUUCAAGUCUAUGGAGCAACUGGUUUCGAUUAUGACACCUUAGGAAAGUAUGCAAAGAGGCACACAAAAGCUCAGGGCACAGUGACGGGGCUUCCAUUGUACGGAACUUCAGGCGAGCUACAUGUCGAUCACGCAGAUACCCCAAAUUACUACAUGAAAUAUAAACAGUCAUUUCUGAAAGCAGCUGCAUAUGUAACUGGCACACAGAUCGUUCGCGAUCAUAAUGAAGAGCUCCUGGGCUUUGGGAGUGCAACGCAUGCCGUAGAGAAGCACACCGGGUUCAUAAGUACUCCGGUCAGGGCAUUUCUUGAGCCGAUUGCCUAUGACGAGGACCGUCGAAACAGGCUGCAUAUCAUUCUUGAGUCAAUGGUCGAACGAGUAGGUAUAAUUAAGAGGCAUGACGGUAAGCUUGCCGCUCGAGGAGUCAUAGUUAAAAUGAAAAAUAGAGCGAGGCGAUACUUUUUCGCCCAUAAAAAAGUCAUUUUAGCGGCAGGUGCCGUUCGUACGCCACAAAUACUCAUGCUUUCUGGCAUUGGACCUCUGGACGAACUCACCAAAUGGAAUCUUCCGCUUCUUCUGCACCGAGAAGGGGUCGGUCGAAAUUUACACGACCAUUAUGACCUAGGUACAGCGCUAGUUGUGUUUCCAAAGGGCAAAGGCUUUGUAGAUGUUGCCUUCAGUGAUCUGGUGCAGUUUUUUCUAACUGGAACAGGUGCAAUAAAAAACCCAUACGCUGUUAAUGCACUAGGAUUUUUCCGAAGCAAGAACACCUCCUACUCAACAUGUAUUACUCAGGAGACGUGUCAACCCGAUUUCGAAAUUCUCGUUCAUACAUGUGCCCCCAACCAUCCUGCGGGAGGUUCAACCCUACGCGCAGCUUACAUUACGACGUCCGACUUGAACAAAUACUUUAUUAACCAGAAUGGCGGAAGUCUUUUAACACCCAAGGAAGCGAUUCUGUUCACGCCGACAAUACUACACCCAGUUACCCGAGGGCGCAUUAAGCUUCGUGAUUUUGAUAUUGAUUCUAACCCGCGAAUCUUUUUGAACGUUCUUAGCAAUGAGCGCGACCUUCAAAUGGCCGCCGAGCUAUAUUUAACUGCUCGCAAAAUUGGAAUUCUCGCCUACGCUAAGCUUGGCGGUAAAUGGAUGGAUGUGCGACAAGAAGGCUGUCACGGUCCUGAAGACUCGUUUAGGUACGCACGUUGCGCCGUUCAGCACUUUCUUAAGACGGCUUGGCAUCUUGGCGGAACAGCUCGAAUAGGUCAACCUCACGAUCCGUUUGCAGUGGUAGAUACCCAUUUGAAUGUAAUCGGAGUCGACAAUUUAGCAGUCAUUGACGCCUCCGUAAUACCAGCCCCUGUCAGCGGUCAUAUGCUCGCCACGAUCGCAUCGAUAGCCGAGAAGUUCUGCGACGAAGUGCAUAGAGGAAUCGCAUAGGGAACAAUUACUGGUUUACAUUUUCGUAAACGAAAAGAAAAUACUACAUCCGCUGACGAGAUGCUGUUUAGGGGCUACUUCAGCAAUCGAUGGGAAAUUGCUGCUUGAAUAAAAUGAAGUUCGAUAUGCUCAGAAAAUACAUCUCUCUCGAGCCAAACCCGUAACAAAGAAAUCGCGGUUAACGAAUCACCCGCACUCACUCCUCGCCUAUACGGGUAAACUUGCCAAAUUAACUAGUAUUAUUUAUAAAACUAUCUCUAUCCUUUAUUGAUUAAUUCCAACGCUUAGCAACGUAGUUCUAAAUAACUUCAGUUGCCCUGCUGCUUUAAUUCGUUGCCUCAUCCAAGCCAAGCACCUAUUAAACAGAUCGAUCAAUGAUCAGGCAUUUGCGACGUCGAAUUUAUACCAGCAUUGUUACAGGGUCCUCAGUCAGGAUGCCUACCCGCCAUAAGUUAAUAGUGUGACGUUCGACAAAAGCUGAAGAUGUUUUUUUCUUCUGAUCGGCCCUAUAUUCUAAAUUGAAUUACUCGUUGCCUUGGUAGUUCAAUUUAGUUAAAUAUAACUAAAUACGGUUGAAUUUUGCAAGCUGUUAUACCUGCCUGUAACUGUUUGUGGUAAAACGCGUUACAAAUUAUUUGUUCGUCUCCCUGACCCCUCGCUAGAAGUACAAGUCUAGACUGUAUGGCUCCUUCAUGUUCAUAUCAGAAGAAUUUAUGUUGGCUUCAGAAGCUUCAGUAGCGCCAGCUACUGAAGCCAACAUAAAUUAAAUUUUAAUCGCAUUGAUAUGAUAGUAAUGUUUCUACUAAAUUAAGAGCAGGUAGUUUUGUCAGGCACGAGCUCAUAUUCAAGAAAUGUCUUCAUUACCAAGAAAAAUUGAUUAUCUGAUCACGCCACAGUUCUGCUAAGACGCAAAUACAUCUGUGAUAUUGUUGUAUUUGUUAUAAAUUUGUUUUAUUGUUGCUUCAGAUAUCGGAUUAGUGCUACACACGAAAAUGGAAGGUAAUUUUAUUAAUAUUUAUUGCAUCGAAACAAUAUUCCAAAGAUCACAUGUUAUCCAGUAUUCUUCUUUGAUAAGAAACAUCGAUCGGCGUCAGAAACCGGCUGAGACAGUGGUAAUUGUAACUGUAGGUCGAGCGAGACGAAUAAUUGUAGACUAAUUUAAUAGAG